AUGGUGAGAGUCUACCUUCACGUGGAGGGGGAGGAGCCCGAGUUCACCCUCCCGCUCUCCCUCGAGGCCUCUGACGAGAGGACAGUGGAUGAGUUCAAGUGCGUCCUGCUCAAGGAGUACAACGGAAGGUUCGGGCGGUCGCUCGACCCCGCCGGGUUCUCCCUUGCGACCUCAAACCAGAAGCUGCUCCCGUCCUCGGAGCGUCUGUUUGCCCUGGCCAAACGGAACCUGGACAUCUUCCUGGUCCCUCGGAAGGCGGAGGGGGCAAAGGCAAAGUCGCAGCCUCGUGUCAAGGCCCAGGAGGUCAAGGCGAAGGAUCGGAGCGGCAACGUGUCCUCGACUCCUCCCCCUUCUGCCCACUCGUCCUCUUCUCCUGCUGCGUCUUCAUCCUCCCCAACUGCUGCUGCUUCCUCUCCCCCUCCUCUUCCCAAGGUUGAAUCGCAGAAAGCUGAACCACCAAAGAAGCGAUGGACUCGACCUGUGCUGGCGGAACCCAAGUUAGAACCCCAGGCAGAGGAAUGGCUUCGCAACUCGCUCAAUGUGGCGGAGCAGCUGAAGGCGAAGGGGAGCUUGCGACAGGCAUGCAUAGCCUGGAAGAGCAUCCUGUCGGUAUGUCCCAAGCUGGAGUGCCUGGAGGGGUUGGGGAGCGCAGAGCUUUCAUGCAAGCGAUACGACGAAGCGAUCGAGUAUUUCAGUAAAGCCGUGGCGAUCGGAGGACCGAAGCUGUCCUACAUGCGGUCACUCGGCUUGGCAUGUCACUGCAAGGGCGAGUACAUGGAGGCGUUGACCUUCUUCACCCGAGCCCUUGAGAUGGUCAAGAACGAGCAGGACAAGGAGGCCCAGGAAAUCAAAGUGCUCAUGGGUAAGUCCCUCUACGCCAGCGGCGAGCAAGAGGCUGCGAUCCAAGUGUACACAGAGAUCUUGCAGAAGCACGAGGACAACGACCUGGCGCUGCUGGAGUACGCCAAGGCAUACAUCGACCGGAGGAGGAGCGGCGAGGCCCUCAGGAUCCUGUUGAGGGUUCUAGUGCACAUGCCUAACGACAAGGAGACGCGGAGGCUGAUGUCGGAGAUCAUCAAGGCGCCGGGGGGGAUGAGCAUCUUGAAGACCGAGCUGGGAGAGGCGGCGAGCUCGGGCCCAGCUCUGGCGUUCAUCGCGACCCUCAUCAAGGAUUAUGGAGCCGUGGAGGAGGCGGUACAGCUGUACUACAGCGCGCUGGAGAGCUCACCUGCCAUGACCGCGUACAUCCUCAACCUUGUGCACACGCUGGAAGUCUGCAAUCGGUACCAGGAGGCGCUCAUGAUCUCAGUCUCCUUCUGCCAGGAACAGCAGGCGAUGGCCAUCGGGGAUCACUACACCAACGGGGACGUCGCCGACAUGCUCAAAGACAUUGACGAUCUCUUCUCCCCUGCCUACAAGCUGCCGCUCAGCAAGGACCCGCAUCCCGGCAUCUUCAAGACGGUCGUCUGGAUCCCCAACCACGGCUCGGUCAUCUGCAGAAAGGGAGAGGAAAAGUCGCUGGUGGAGAAGGGAGAGGGAGCUUCGACCGCCCUUCCCAGCCCAGCAGCUCCUGCGCCGGAGGCGAGCAAGCAGAAGCUUCCUCCCUACAGUUCUGACGAGUUGGACCUCCUCGCUCUUCACUUCACCAUCGUCAAGAUCCUCUACGUCACAGGCGCUCUGGCGAGGAUCCCCGACCUUGUCGAGCUGAUCGAACCAGCGAGGAGGGGGUGGGACAUGCACCUGACCAACAUCCGCAACGAGCACGCGUACUACUGCUGUGUUGCUCAGCUGAUGGUGGACAUCCCCUGGCCUUAUCCCUCCUGCAAGGGCGAGAUCUUCGUGGCAGGAGACUCCCACUGCCUCUCCACCGCCUGGCAGGUCCUCAGCGUCCAUGGCUCCUCCGUGCCGCUCGUCCCGAAGCUGGUGACGGGCUUGAAGUGCUGGCACCUGCGCGAAGAAUCUGUCUUCUUCCCCAAGAACAACUUCUACAACGUGAUGGCCUCGAUCCCUGACGGAGCUAGCGUCAUCUUCCUCUUCGGCGAGAUCGACUGCAGGGAGGGGAUCCUCCGGGCUGUGGAGAAGGGAGUCUACGCUGACCUCGACGAGGGCAUCGCCUACACCAUCGGCGUCUACACCUCAGCUCUCCUCCAACUGCAGAGCCAGCGCAAGUGGAAGGUGUUUGUCCAGCCCGUCGCUCCUGUCCUCAACGAGACGCGCGAGGUUGUCAAGCUCUUCAACAAGAAGCUGAAGGAGGAGGUCACUGCCCUUCCCUCCUUCCGCUUCCUCGAUAUCCUUGACGACCUGCUCACCCCCGACGGCAAAUUCUUGAGCCCCGAGUUCGAGAUGUGA